UGAUGUUAAGUGUCAAUUUUACAGAAUGUUUAAGUUAAAUUGUGUUCUGCCUUAUGCUGUAGCUGUCCCUGCUGGCUUUGUCUUAUUGUGGCAGUUAAUCAAGAGAUGGUACCCUUGGAUUCCAGAAGAUUUUGCUUUUCUUAGCAAAUUAAUUAGAGGGCUGAGACUACUUUCUUUUUAUCGGAAGAACAAUAUUGCUGUAUGUGAUCGUUUAGCUGAGGUUGCCAAGGCAACCCCUGACCACCCAUUCCUAGUAUAUGAAGAUGACAAGUUUAGUUACAUGCAGAUGCAUAAAUGGGUUAACAAAUGUGGGCGUACCUUUCGUAGUAUGGGUGUGCAACCAAAAGAUAAGGUUGGGUUGAUGAUGAUGAACGAACCAGCUUUCAUCGCCGUGUGGCUUGGUUGUAACAGGAUUGGAGCAAUUUGUUCUUUUCUUAAUUUCAAUUUGCGUUCCAAGUCACUAAUGCACUGCAUUGAUCUCUCAGACACUAAAAUUAUAAUCGCCGGUAGCGAUGCAGCUAUUCUUGAGGCUCUAAAUGAAGUGGAAAGUGAAUUGAAAGAGCGUGGGAUUGAGGUUUAUGUUUACGGAGAGGAAAAUGAAAAAUUUAAAUCUCUUUCACCUGUAGUUGAUAAAGAGAUUUCUGAUGAUAUACCUCGAUCAUGGAGAGAAGAUGUUACUUCUGCGGACGUCAUAGGCUACAUAUUCACAUCAGGCACUACAGGAUUCCCUAAAGCUGUUAACAUGGACAAUCGAAAGUUUUUUGCUGGAGCAGUUCUUCUUUCUUUUGCCAACCCUUCACCAAGUGAUGUGAUUUAUACAAGCCUCCCCCUGUACCACAGCUCAGGUCUUUGUAUUGGCGUUACAGGAGCAAUUGUACACGGAUGUACAUGUGUUCUUAGAAAAAAGUUUUCUGCCAGCAAAUUUUGGCCUGACUGCUGUAAAUACAAUGUAACCAUUGUUCAAUAUAUCGGGGAAAUCUUAAGAUACGUUUGCAAGCAACCUGAAACACCCGAGGAUACAAAACACUCUGUCCGUCUUAUAAUCGGAAAUGGUCUUCGUCCCGAUGUGUGGAAGCAAUUCCUUGAGCGUUAUGGCGCAGACAUUCAUGUCCUUGAGUUUUACGCAGCUACUGAAGGCAAUGUCGGAUUUGUCAAUCAACAUAAUAAGUUUGGUUGCGUGGGAACUUUUUCACCGUUACUGAGAAAAUUUGGAUCAGCGAUUAUUAAGUUUGACGUUAACACAGAAGAGUUGGUUCGUGAUAAAAAUGGAAGACCUAUUCGCUGUGGUCCAAACGAACCAGGUUUAUUGGUUGCGAAGAUUACUGCACAUACUGCCAUUUCAAGUUAUAAAGGCAAGAAGAGUCUAACUGAGAAAAAAGUCUUAAAAAACCUAUUUAAGGAAGGAGACUCUUAUUUCAACACUGGUGACUUACUCAUGUAUGAUGAUCAGCACAGACUUUAUUUUUGUGACCGAGUUGGCGACACUUUUCGCUGGAAAGGUGAAAAUGUUUCAACUAAUGAAGUGAGUGAUACUGUUGUGCAUGCAGAAGGGAUAAGAGAGUGCAAUGUGUACGGGGUUCAAGUACCAGGACACGAUGGCAGAGCUGGAAUGGUAACUGUUGUAUUGGAAUCAGAUGAAUUAGAUUGUGAAGCUUUAUACAAACAUGUGGAACAUGCUUUGCCUUCUUAUGCAAGGCCAAUGUUUGUCAGGGUCCAACCAGAGCUAGAAGUGACAGGCACCUUUAAACAGAGGAAAGUCAACUUGCAAAAGGAAGGUUUUGACCUGGAAAAAGUUUCUGGCGAUAAGCUGUUCUACAUGAAUAUACAGGCCAAAACAUAUUCACCAAUUACCCCUGAAAUACAGAAGAAAAUUGAAACCGGAGAAAUCCGGCUUUAACUGGAUUUUUCAACACAUAUCGCCCAUUACCCUGAAAAUACAGAAAAUAAUUAAAACCGGAGAAAUCUGGCUUUAACUGGAUUUUUGAAUCAUAAACGUUGCUUUGGAAAAUUUGCCAAUCAAAUUUAUAAGCACUUGUUAAUGUGGCUUUGGUUGAGCUGUUUAAUGUGUAUGUUUAGUCUGUAAAAAUACUUAACUUGUUACUGAUAAACCCAUUAUUGUAAAAUUGGUCUACAAUGCCAAUGGCUAUAAAACAUAUUCGCUACAAGUUCUAGUUGUUGAAAAAAAUGUACCUACUUAAUUUUUAUGGUACCCACCUCAAAAUUGGUAAUUUAGUUUUUGAGUGAUAUAAUCACAGCUUUGUUUAAUUUUUGUGAAAAAUUAUUCUGUGUUUUUGCGUUGAAUAAUCUUUAAAUAAUCCAUUCUAAAAUCAAUGAUUUUAAGCGUUGUGGUACGAUACAUAGUAUAAAUUGUUAACUUAGUAAAUCACAUUUCAUGUAUUAUCAAUUUAAAAUUUUAAAUCUAAAUUUUGUGUAUAGUAGGCUGGGGAAAGAUAGGACAAUGUUUCAUUCCAUUUUCUAGUCCCAUUUGUUCGUUCCACUAAUAACAUUCACAGAAUUAUAAAACUGUUUCUUCAGGACUCCCAUAGACUGUUGUUAAUUUUUUAAAACACCAUUAUAACAUUUGGACACCAUGUGCUAAAGGUGUCCCGUCUUCCCCUACUCUACUAUAUCAUUAUUCCAUAUGAUUUGCCUCACAAUCAAAUUAAUGCCUUUCAUCACGUACUAUUACAUUACAUUCAGCAAUUUAGCAGUAUCAACUUGUUAUGAAAGUUGUCAAAAAUUAACUGCACUGAUUCCGAAUUGAAAUGCAGUCAAUGUUUAAAUGUACUUUUACUCCACCUUUUCAAAAUCAUGUACCAUAGCUUAUGCAGGUAUAAUUUAUGCCAGAUUGUUUACAUUCCCAAUUAUCCUGGUGGCUUGCUUUCUCAUUUAUUUUUUGUAAUCAAAAUUCAUACUGGCUCGUUAAUGCAGAAUAUUUAUAUAAAAGCAGAAAUAUUUUUCCAGUAUUUUCUCAAAACUAAAAGUUGUAAAAAUGCAUCCUUUUUCCUAUGUAUGUUGUUUGUAUAUGAAAAAGACCUAAAACUAUUUGCUGUAAACUUCCAUACCAGCAAUUUUCCAACUAAAGAACUUAAUGUGUGUAAUCUAUACAUAUCCUUAAAUACCAUUUUACUGCUCACGAGUUUUCGCAUUUGCAGUCAAUUGAGCAGUAUGCUAAUUAAACUUGUUUUAUUUAG